AUGAUUAUUAUUUAUGGUGCAAGUCUACCUCUUCUUGGUCUUCAAUGGUUUAACAUAAUGCAACUCGACUUAAAUCAACUCAUUCAUGCACAAAAUUUUGUUAAAUAUUCAAUUCACAAGAUUUAUACCUUCUCAAAACUUCAAGCAACAUUACAAAAAUACAAAGAUGUAUUACACAAAGAACUUGGACAUUGUACUAAAGUUCAAGCUCAUAUUCAACUUAAACCUGAUGCAAUACCGAAGUUUUUCAAACCACGACCAAUACCAUUUGCAUAUCUUCAAGGAAUAAAAGAAGAAAUUCAACGGAACGUUGAAGCUGGUAUUAUUCAACGUAUUGAUACUUCUCCUUGGGCAGUACCAAUAGUUUCUGUGAAAAAACCAAAUGGUGAAAUUCGAACAUGUGCUGAUUUCAAUCAAGAAUGCCAAAAAGCAUUCAACAAUCUACUGCAAGAAGUUGUCAAUACAACAACAUUAGCACAUUUUGAUGCUCAAUUACCAAUUAUCUUAGCAACUGACGCUUCACAUUAUGGCAUUGGAGCUGUAAUUAUGCAUCGAUAUCCUGAUGGUUCCGAACGACCAAUUGUACAUGCUUCUAAAACUUUAACUGCUGCUGAACGUAAUUAUAGUCAAAUUGAAAAAGAAGCACUUUCAAUUAUUUAUGGUGUUAAAAAGUUUCAUCAAUAUCUAGCUGAUAGAUCAUUUGAACUCAAUACUGAUCAUCAACCUCUUUUGGCGAUUUUCAAUCCAACUAAAGGUGUUCCAGUUGCAACAGCAAAUCGACUUCAAAAGUGGGCAAUUUAUCUUAUGGGAUAUAAUUAUAAUAUUCGUUAUAAACCCACUCGAUCGCAUGCUAAUGCCGAUGCAUUAUCACGAUUGCCAGUCGGAUACGAUAAUUCUUUUAUUGACAAUGAUGCCGAACCAAUUAAUUAUAUUCAAACACAACUUAUUGAACAAUGGCCACUAAAGCCAACUGAAAUUGCACUAGCGACUACACACGAUAAUAUACUUAAAUUGAAUCCUGAAUUAGUCUUGUAUUUUAACAAUCGUCAUUCAUUGUCGGUUAUAAAUGGUUAUAUUUUAAAAGAUACUCAAGUGAUUAUUCCGAAACAAUUACAUAAUCGAGCACUUCAUAUGUUACAUCGUGCUCAUCUUGGUACAAUUAAAAUGAAACAAUUAGCCAGAGCUCAUUGCUGGUGGCCAAAAAUGGAUAAAGAUAUUCUAGAUGUUACAAAGUCCUGUACAAUAUGUGCACAAUUACAACCAUUACCUAAACCACAAUUCAAAUCAUGA